GCGUUUGGAGGCCUACCCAUGUGCCCAUGGAGGGGAGACGACGCCGGUGCCUCUUCAGCCGAAGACUAACGUGAUCAACGACUCUAUGCUGUGACCAGCCCGCAGAAGACUUCAGAACCAAACUUUGCAGCACAGACAUGUCGACUCGCAUCGCAGAGGCCUCGAAGCAGGUCGAGGCCGAAGUGCUAAAAUACCGCCUGGUACCCUCGACGCGACUGCUGGUCAUCCUGAUGACCGGUCUCGGCGCCGGCACCGUGAUGAUCAACCGCUACAACGUCAGCAUUGCUGUCGUGUGCAUGGUGGCGGACGUGGAGCCACCGUCGGUUAGCAUUCGGGACGACCCCUGGAAUGCGUCCCACCCGCGCGAGCAGAUGGGCGGCACCGGGAACGCAUCGUCCACGGCAGGCCUCAAGGAGGGCCAGGGCGAGUUCCACUGGGACAAGACGUUCCAGGGCCUGUUGUUAUCCAGCUACUUCUACGGCUACACGGCAGCGCUGGCACCCGGUGGCUGGGUGGCUGACAGACUGCCGGCCCAGCUGGUGCUCAUGUUCGGCGUUGUCACCCAGGCAGUGGCCACACUGCUCUUCCCCAUCGUCGCCAGAACCAAAGAUUAUCUGCUUCUUGCACUGAGGGCAGCACAAGGCUUCACCUGUUCUGUAGUCCUGCCGGCCAGCGUGGUGCUUAUCAGGAACUGGAGCAUCCCCGACGAGUACUCCACUCUUUUCUCCAUCGCCUGGUCGCUGCAGUACAUCUUCGCCGGCUUCAGCUUUCCCAUCAGCAGUUCCUUGUGCGAGUAUGGCGGCUGGCCGUUCGUCUUCUACGUCACCGGUGCUCUGCCGUUAGCCUGGGUACUGGUGGCGUGGUUUCUGGUCCCCACCUGUCCUGAUGAGAGUCGGCUAUGUUCGGAGGACGAGCAGAGGUUCCUGACAUCCCACCGGCUGUGUCGGGUUGCUACCAUAAAGUCCUUGUCGGACAAACAGGUGAAGCCGGUGCCGACACCGCUGUUGGCAAUAGUCACCAACCGCCAGGUGCUCAUCAUCGUCGGGACCUUCUUCUUUUACCACUGGUUCUACUACUCGCUUAACAUCACGCUGCCGACCUUCCUGAAGGAGACGAUGAACGUCGAUCUGACAGAGAACGGUCUCCUCUCUGGCUUGCCCACCUUGUUCAGCUCGAUCGGAGUUGUGCUCGGUGGUCGGCUUCUUCAGUAUCUCACCACUAGAUGGCAGUUCAGUCGCACGACCUCACGCAAGCUGAUAGCUAGUUUCGCCAUGCUGGUGCCUGCUGGAUUGCUGGGGGCCAUGCUCGUCCUGCCCUCGGGCAACACAUACACCACCAUGGCUCUGAUCUGCUUGAGCAACGCAAUUAUCGUCCUGAACGUCUCCGGCGGGCCGCUGUCAGCAGGGCCUGACCUGGGGCCGCAGUUCGCCGGCGUCAUCUGGGGCCUGGCCGGCUCCGUCGGCAACCUGACGGGCGUGCUGACGCCGAUGGUGGCGGCCGCCAUGACCCCGCACAAAACCUUGCUGGAGUGGCGCUACUUCUUCCUCAUCGCGGUGGUAUUCUUGGUGGCUAUGGACUUCGUGAUCGUGCUGUUCUGGAAGUCUGAGCUUCAGCCGUUCGCGAGGACUGACGAUACGCCACCCCAGCCGUCUGUCCGGUCCCAUGAGGACGAUCCUCAUGAGGACAGUCCACAGAUCAGCUGCUCGGAUGAUGUGUGAUCACCACGGAGACGUCCCACUGAUCAAAGUCAGGAAGCCGUUGCGCCGCUCUGUGAUCCGACGGCUGAUUGGAGGGAGUGACGACGGAGGCAGGACCGUCCGCUCUCCGACGGCUGAUUGGAAAGAGUGACGACAGAGGCAGGACCGCCCGCCCUCCGACGGCUGAUUGGAAGGAGCGACGACGGAGCCAGGACCGCCCGCUCUCCGACGGCUGAUUGGAAGGAGUGACGACGGAGGCAGGACCGCCCGCUCUCCGACGGCUGUUUGGAGGAGUGACGACGGAGGCAGGGCCGCCCGCCCAUGAUCUGCUUCUUCUUGAGACGGAGUAGAGGAGGCCUCUAGGGUUGACUACACGACGCUGCAACGAGCUGAAACAUUCCGAAAAACAAGUGGGCUGUGAAAAUAUCGAAUGUCUAGCAGCGUGGAUCAUAGCG